GCAGCUCGGCUGUGUAUGUAAUUCUUUGUCCACUACAACCAAGUACACACACUACAUCUUCCAAUGGAUUCCAACGACACUUAUGUUAAUCAGCUUGAUCAGACACUCAUCUUUGCGCUUGGGUAAACGUGAAGCUGUCAAUAAACUCAAUAGUUUUCUCUUUGUGCCUGUGACGAAGCAUUCGUGCCACUCGCUGAGUCGCUCCCGUAGUCAAAGACGUCUAGCCACUCUUCCUCCUGUUUGGUCUGUGUCGAGUUUCCCAACCUCUACAAUGGCACUAUCCUCGGCUUCAAAGACCCUGUCCGACUUCUUGCAAACUCAGAAGACCCAGUAUUUGGAGGCGGUGGAAGAGGGCAAAGGAGGAGAUUGGGUUAUUGUAACUGGUAAUGAGGCGGGAGACUUGGAUUCGCUUUCUAGUGCCAUAGGAUUCGCAUGGUAUCUGUCAGCCAUUGAGCAGACACUCGCAGUUCCGCUCGUACACACGCCUCGAUCAGACCUUCGUUUGCGCGCGGAGAACCUCUACGCCCUGGAACUUGCAGGAGUCGAGACUGUGGAUCCACUGCUAUGUGUCGACGAUGUACCAUCUACUGCGUCACCUUUCCCAUCAACUAAGUUCGCGCUUGUGGACCAUAAUAAGCUUCACGCACGGUUCAGAGACCAUAAUCCAGAUGCCCGUGUGGUCAGCAUCAUAGACCAUCAUGCAGAUGAGGGUUUAUAUAAGGAUACGGCUAAACCGCGUAUUAUAACUGUACGCACGGGCAGUGCCAGCUCUCUCGUGGCUCAUUAUCUGGAGGAGAGAUGCCCCGACAAGAUACCUCCUGAGCUUGCGACUCUACUGUUAUGCACUAUCCUCAUUGAUACAAACGGCCUCAAAGUGGGUGGCAAGGCAGAGGAGGCCGACCGUGCAGCCACUGCGUUUCUCAUACCGCGUUCGCUGCUUGCAGCUGAAGGAUCCGAUCUCAAUAUUACGGAGCUACACAACGACACCAAAAUCCAGGAGUUGAGCUCAGCUCUGGCGAACAAGAAAGGAUCCGUUUCACACCUCAAUACCCGUGAACUUCUUCAACGAGAUUAUAAAGAAUACACCAUGGUACCUUCGUGGGAAAAGGACAAGUCUAUCCUUGCUGGACUCGCUUCUGUCCCUGUAGGACUCAAACCAUGGAUCGCUCGUGAUAUCGCUUUCUGGUCAUCCAUUGAAAAGUGGAUGGCUGACAGAAAAAUCGCGGUGCUUGGUAUUCUUACCUCAUUCCGAGACGAGGAGAAAGUCAAUAAGCAUGGAAAGCCCAAGCACAAGCGGGAGCAGCUUUUCGUUGUCCGAAAGGGAGAGAUCGAGGAUCUGGCAAAGAAGUUGUUUAAGGGGUUGGAGGAGAAUAAGGAGCUGAAAUUGAAGAGAAAAGACUUCAAAGUCCGGUUUGGGGUGAAGAAGGCUGAACGCUUUUCCUCUGACGUAGAUUCCAGGGUUUGGAACCAGAAGAACGUAGACGCAACCAGGAAGGUUACUGCCCCCGUCGUGAGGGCUAUCAUAGAAGGUGACAAGUCAAAGGCUAGCUUGUAGGCACGAUACCCAUUGGUUCAUUGUUAAUACCCCGUAGCUAUGAUUGUGAUGCUCCGACAGGCUCGUUAUAUGGAACUGAAUGGUGGAAUUGUGACAUUACGCUAAUACAGACUCGUUGUAUGAAAAACACAGUGCAUAUCUAUGGAUCAAAGGCGGGCAUACUCUCCGCGAGGAGGUACUCCGUGCGGAUUGUAUCUCAAGGCUUCCUUGUUUCCGCGGACAUCC